CUUGUACAUAUUCACACACAUGAAAAUUACCAUGGGCCCCAUAAGUUGCAACGGAAAUUGCCGCCAAAUCGAAGUGGCGCGCAGUACAGUUUAAGCACUGCACAGUUACAGUCCCCAUAUAGAUUCCAAAGCCAUAACUGCUUUCUCAACCGCCGGCGAACCAGCUCUCUCCGGCCACCUUCAGCCAUGCCUCUCCGGUCAAUCUUCCUCACCAUUUCCCUCUCUCUCUACUUUCUCUCACUCCCCCACCGGAGCAACUCCCUUACCACCAUUGGCGCCACCUUCUCCGCCGCCACCGCCAACACCAGCCACCACCUACAGCCACCGGACUCGGUCGCGAAAGCCAUAAACUCCCUCCAACUCGCCGCCGUCAGACUCGAAGAUUCAGACCCCAACGUAGUCCGCGCCUUCGCCUACACCAACGUUACCCUCCUCCUCACAAUCCCUAAUUUCUUGGUCGCCCCCAUCGCCGCAAAUCGCUCCGCCGCUCUCCGGUGGCUCUACGCCCACGUCGUCCCCUUCUACCCUCGGACGAUCAUCACCACCAUCUCCGUCGGCAACGACUUUCUAGAAGCUUCCCCUGAAUUCGCGGCCAUUCUUUUGCCCGCAAUCAGAAAUGUCUACAUAGCGCUUCGCAAUUUAGGGAUUCGCCAAAUCUCUGUUUCCACUACGUUUUCUUUCGUGAGCAUUAUGACGACUCCCUUCCCUCCCUCGGCGGCUAGGUUUCAAGAACCGGUCUCCCAAACUGUAAUGAGGCCUCUGCUUCAGUUUCUUCGAGACACAAAUUCGUCGUUCUUGAUCAACAUCUACCCUUACAAUUUGUACCGAUUGAACUCCGAAAUUCCGAUUGGGUAUGCCCUGUUUCAGAAGCACCCUUUCAAUUUCAGAGACGACGUAAUAACCGGCGUCCGGUACCGGAAUCUUUUCGAUUCCAUGGUGGAUGCGGUGAUUAGCGCGAUGGCUGUGGCCGGACACGAGGACGUUCCGGUGAUCGUGACGGAGACUGGGUGGCCGAGUUUUGGGACUGACUCGGGUGAAGUCGAAGCAAAUCAAGAUUACGCCGAAAUGUACCUCAAGGGGCUGAUUGCCCACCUGAAAUCGGGGUUCGGAACGCCGCUGAGGAGGGAAGGGGUGAUGGAAACUUACAUAUAUCAGUUGUUUGAUGGGGAAGAAGAACAGGGAGCUCGACCUGUUCGAAAAUGGGGGCUUCUGUAUCCCAAUAUGACCAAGAAGUAUGAUGUGGUAUUCUCCAAGUCCGCCGGAAUCGGAGAGCAGAGAACUUUUCUGGCGAUUGCAGCCUGGUAUUUUGGGGUUCUCGUUCUAACGAAGUUAUGGUAACAUCUUAAACAUUGCCUUUUCGUAAUUUUCUCAUUUAGGUUCUCAUGAGUUUAACCUGCAUUUUGUGAAGCAUCGUCCUUGAUUUUUGAGCUUUCUUUGGCUGGUUCUCGGUAUGGCAAUUUCCAUUGAUAGCAGAGACAGUUCAUUCGUUUGCUUAGAUGUUAAUGGCUGCAAAUUUUGUAUUCUGAAUUUGUGUUCAGAUGAAUCAGAAUCUU